AUGGGUGUGAUUUGUUUAAUUCCAAAAAUAGCAGUCACAAUGAGGGCGAUAGCUGUCGUCAUAAUGAUCUUUACGAGUGCAACGCUCGCAACAGAUCCACAAAUUGAUAGGACCAUGCUAAAGGAAGCUUUCAAUAAAGACAAUAACGUUGAACUACGGAACCGUUUACUCGAAGGAGUUUUAAAUGAUCUAAUCGAACAAAUACGCACAUUAAUGAGGAAUGGUUCGGAAAACUUCCCAGUGCUGGACCCUUUGCAGAUCGGAGCUGUAGAGAUAGAUGAACUCUUGAUUGGAUCUCCAGGAGCCUACAUCAGGGUGGGUGAAACGGUUGUCGAAAAUCUCAGUGCUUUCGUUUUUGACACAUUGAGGUUCGCUAUCGAGGGUAUCAUUUUCCAACGAUAUGUGUUAACCUUCGACGUUCAUAUACCAGAAAUAUCGGCAGCUUCUAGCAGCUAUGAUUUGUCGUUCAAAAUAUUGGGCGGAGAUGUCUAUGGCAAUGGUGUCAUGAAUUUAAAAAUUGUGCGACCUCGCGUAAGAGGUGUGAUAGGUACAUCUUUGAGGAUUGAGAAUGGCGUCUUCCUCAAUAUCAACGACUGUGAAAUCAGUGUUAGCCUCGGCGAUUUUAAGCCAGUAAUCACGGGGUUGUGGAAUAAUACAAUAGCGAGUGAUUUCAUAUCGAGGUUUUUCGGUAACCUCAUUCCGGAAUUGAUGUCAACGUUUGAGACCGAAAUCAACCAGACUCUCAGUAUUAUUGUCAAGACUGUUGGAAACGAAAUCCUCAAAGAUAUCAAUAUCAUUGAUCUCAUACCUCAAACCAAACCAUAG